AAAUAAUAAAUAUUAUCUUCGUGAUUCAUAUAUAUUUGAUAUUUCAUAAAACUAUUAUAAAUACUUACCUAUGUAUUCAAGUAUUCAAUUAAUUAUUGAUUGCUUUUGGAUUAUUGCUAAUGUAAUCCUCGUUAUUAAUUAUGAAUACCUACAUAUUUAGUUUGAACUUUUCGAGUUAUUUAUAAUUUUCAAUAUUUUACUUGGUAGUAGUAUCUUAAAUAUUUGUGGAUUAAUAGUUUUUAUUUAAAAAAUGCCCACUAUACUCGAAGGUGGUCCAGAAUACAAUAAACUUAUAUUUAAUUAUGAUCGUAGUUGGACCGAUGAUUUACCAGUUUGUAAAGUAUCAGUAUAUUUUAGGUGUAGGAUACCUAACUCGUCAAAGAUAUGAUGAAUUAGGUCAACGCCGAGAGGAAUUGGAAUCUGAAGACAUCAGUCUUCGAUGUUGUUAUGAUGAUGCAGGUGUUGUAUGGUUGUAUGGACUUUUUAAUGGGCACAAUGGGGCAGAAACGGCUCGGUUUGCUCGUGAUCGUAUUGCUGCAGAAAUUUUGUUAGGCCAGUUACCUACAACUGAAAUGGACCAAACUGCUAAAGAAAUAAUUCAACAAAGUUUUCUUUCGGUUGAGGGAACUUAUCUUGAAACCAUUGAUAAUAAAUUACUUCAAAGAGCAAGUCUACUACUUCAACUUCCUGAAGGGAUAUCACAUUAUGAUGCUUACCAACAAUAUCCUCAAAUUAUAGAAAAAUUAAAGGAACUUGAAGAAGAAUUAUCGUGUGGUACUGGGGCAUCUAUAGCAAUACUUAAAAAUAAUCGUUUGUAUGUAGCAAAUGUUGGAGAAAGUCGUGUAUUGUUAUGUAAAACUGAUAAAGACGAUGUAUUGAGAGUGAUACAGCCUACAGUUGACCAUAACUUAACAAAUUUAGAUGAAGUGAUGAGGCUGACAAAUCUUGGACUCAAAAUUGCUGAUGGAAAGAUCAAUGGUAAUAGAAUGAUUGGAAAUCAAUCAUCAACAAGAUGUUUAUGUAAUUACAUGAUAAAAGGUGCCUAUAAAGACUAUGACGAACUUAGUGCAGCUUUAACUGAACCAAUUAUAGCUGAACCUCAUAUUGUUGGGGGUAUAUCUAUUGAUUCAUCGUACAGAUUUAUGAUGAUUGCUUCUCCAGGUCUACUGAAAACUUUAGAACAAGCCACAGGAACUAAUCAAGUGAACAAGGAGUUAGCGCUAUUAGUAGUUGAACAAUUAAGAGUGCAGUCUACAUUAACUGGUGUUGCUCAAGCUGUUGUAGAUCAUAUAGCUAGAAUAUAUCAUGAUACUUAUGAAGCACAAGAUAAUGCUACUGGAGCUACUCGUCCAAAUAUUAUGUUAAUGAUACGCAAUUUCAAUUUUGCAAUGCCUAAUGCAAUCACCGAACAACAACAUAGUUGGAAUGGCUCAUAUGAUCAAGAUACAGCUAUAAACUUGACUGAAACUACAACAUCAACUUCAACCGACCCAUCUAGCGGUUCAAUCAAAGCUAUACUGCCGUAUGUUGAUUUCAGUGAAUUUAACACAAAUGUCGAUAAAGCUAAAGCACAAGGCAAGCUUCCUUCAAAUAUCAACUUUUUCUAUGAAUAGAUAAAAUAUCAUUUGGAUUCAUUUUUUAGUUCAGUUACUAAAUAGUGACUUGAUAAUUGUUGUCAUAUAGUUAAAUUUUAUUUUUGUAUGCUGUUUCAUUAAAAAAAAUAUUUAGGUUGAUGUAAUUUUUACUUUUUUUUACUUAUAUGCAUUAACUUAAAAGAAAAACAUAUUUUUAUUCAAUUGCUGAAAAUAAAUAUUUAUUUAACUUUCCAUUAUUAUAUGUUAUACAUUUUUUUAACGUUUAUUAAGGAUAAUUCAUACUCUAAAAAAUCUCUACAAUCUCUUGAUGCCUGCCACUUAUAUCUCAUGUAUUUUGAUGUUCUAAUUAUAUCAGAAAAUAUUAUUUAUUAAAUUAUUAAAUUUAUUGUUAGUUUUAUUGUCAACUUUUUUCCUAAUACCAAAGAUUUAAAAUAUAUUCUUUUUUAUAAGAAUUAAUUUUGUUAAAAAUAAUAAUCGGAAAUAUCAAGUAUUAUUUAUAAAUUAUAUAAACAGAAUAUAAUAUUAUUAAUAUUAUAAUUGCAAAAGUUAUUCAGAAAAGAAAAAUAUAACUAUUUACUUACUACUCAGUAUCCCAUACAUGCAGCGCCGGAUUAAGGCUUUUAGGCCCACCGAGAUUUUAAAUUUUUAUCGGCCAUAAACAAAUAAUUGGCCCAUUUAACAAAAAAUAUACCUUUAAUUUAAAUAUAAAAUUAUAUUUACACUAGAAACAAAAAUCAAAAUUCAAAGGAAACUAAACUAAAGUAAACUAUAUAAAAGUGAAUUAUUUUAUUUUUCACUUAUCUUUAUAGGUACUAUGUGCAUAAUAAAGCUACCAAAUAGAUUAAUAGAAGUAUUAAAAAAUAACAAUAAUUUUUUAUGAGCAUCUAAAGUUAGAAUUUUGAUCAAAUUUAUCAAAAUCUGGGAAAUAUUUAAAUUAUUUUGAGUUGGACAUUUAUAAUUAAUUAAAUAUUUUUUAUAAAUUGAAGAUUUGAAAAUUAUGAGCGUUUGAAAUUCAAAUGAUCUUAACAUUGGAUAUUCAUCCCUAAAUUAACAAAUUCUCAUCAAACAAUUUUUUUUUUUAAUUAAAAAAUGAUUAACUGUAGGUACACUUGAAAUUUGCACCAAAUGUUUAUUUUAGAAUUUUCUAUACCCGGUAUAAUUUUUAUCAUAUUAUAUAAUAUAUAAUAUUGGUACUAUAGGCUGACAGACCUAUGUUCAGAAUCGUUUUUAUAUAUUCACUUUUAGUAGGAAAUUAUAGUUUAUAAUUUUCUGGAAUGGAAUGCCCAAUACAGUAAUAUUCAACCACAUAUUAAAUAAUUAAAUAAUUUGGUUAUUAUAAUUUAGCUAUGGACCAUUAGGUUAACAAAUGCAUACAAAUAAUUUAAUUGUUUUGCUGGAUAUCAUAAUUUAUUAAACUGUUAAAGUAUUAAGGCACUUUUGUAUUUAGCUUAUUAUUUUAAAUGUAGGUAUAAACAUUUAACUAUAAAUACAGUAUAAUGAUUAGAACAUCAGAAACACAAGA